CAUGACUAAACUUGCAACAAAUUAACAUCGCCGCAUCCCUUAACUGGCCUUUAUGAAUUAGCUUGAGCGUAAGCUGUAUUAAAAAGGCACAUAAAGUCGGGUACACACUCUGGAUGUGACCCUUCACUCUCCUCGCUCUUCAAUUUUCUUAUACUCAAAUUUUUCGAGUCACGAUGAACAUCCUCGCGAGCCUCCUGAUUGUGGCCACGGCCGUGCAAGCCCACUACACGUUCCCGAGACUUGUCGUUAACGGCGAAUCCGAGGAAGCGGACUGGUGGGCUACUCGAAAGACCAAGAAUGCCGAUAGCAAACAGGGGAUUGAGAAUCCGACCAGUGCAGAUAUUCGCUGCUACUCAUCACAAAAUGCAGCCAACGUCGCCACCGUCCCUGCUGGUGCUACUAUCCACUACAUCUCAACCCAGCAAGUCAAUCACCCGGGCCCUACUCAAUAUUAUCUAGCCAAAGUGCCCGAGGGUCAGAGUGCUUCUAGCUGGGACGGCUCCGGCAACGUCUGGUUCAAGAUUCACACAACGACGCCGACCAUCGAUAGUAAUAAGCAGAUGACAUGGCCCGCACAGAAUGAGUAUGUGUUAACGAAUGCGACUAUUCCCGCCGCAACCCCUGACGGAGAAUAUCUGCUUCGUGUGGAGCAAAUCGCAUUACACCUGGCCAGUCAACCGAACGGAGCCCAGUUCUACCUUUCUUGCACGCAGAUUAAGAUCACGGGGGGCGGAAGUGGUACUCCUGGGCCUCUCGUUGCAUUACCCGGAGCAUACAAGAGUAACGAUCCCGGCAUCCUGGUGAACCUGGGUGCGAUCUCAGCAGAGUCCCCCUAUGUUCCUCCUGGACCUGCUGUUUGGAGUGGUUAAAGUGAAUGUUACAUCCAACCAAGGUUUUCCUCGUCGACCUCUAAGGACAACCACCUUGUAUCGUAAAAUUUCAUCACUAGGUAGAAUGACCCCGAAUCGAUUCCAGGUUAUUAGUAAAAUUAUUCAAGGUAUUUUUUGGGUGAUGCAUAUACCAGUUGCUUCCAGUAAUAUAUAUCUCCUUAAUAGACACCUCUUUAAGUCCUCUGUAGAAA